AUGGACAGUAAGGAGGUUUCAACGCUCGUCAAGAAUCUCGAAAAGAGUAAGGGCAAUGAAGAGACCGUCCUAGAAAUUUUGACGGUCCUCAACCGAGACUUGAGUCCCACAGAAAAGCUGCUACGAGAAACCAAAGUUGGUGUCGUUGUCAACCAGUUCAAGAAGUCUGGCAAUCCACAGAUAGCAAACCUGGUUAAAAAGAUGAUCAGUCAAUGGAGAGACGCAAUUUCCAAGGAGAAGAAGCAGAAAGCGCAGUCUAAAAACUCGGCCGGAACCGCGGGUGCAUCACACCCAGCUGGUGGUGUUGCUCCAGGCGGGACCGGUGCGGGCUCUGGAAGCGAAGCAAAGAAACAGGACAAGUUCGUUUCCAGCAAACCGAGAAGCGCCGAAAACGACGGCGUCAUCACCAGCAUAUACAACCACAAAAUCAGGGAUAUGGUGGUCCGGGCGAUGUACAACGCUCUGGCUAAAGAGAGCGAACACCCGCCACAAUCGGUGCUGACUACGGCAGUAGCGGUCGAGAAAGAGCUCAAUAAGCUGCAUAACUGCGAAAUCAACGAGAAAGCGUACAAGGACAAGUAUCGGGUUGUUUAUUCCAACGUUAUCUCCAGGAACAACCCGGAUCUCAAGCACAAAAUUACUGCGGGCGACGUGACUCCAGACUACCUGGUAUCGUGUGAUCCCAAGGAACUCGCUCCAGAGCAUCUAAAGAAGAAACUGGAGGAAAUCUCGAAACAGAAUCUUUUCAACGCCCAGGGCGCCACUCUGGAACGUUCCGUUACGGACCGGUUUACCUGUGGUAAGUGUAAGGAGAAAAAGGUGUCCUAUUACCAGCUGCAAACCAGAUCGGCCGAUGAGCCACUUACAACGUUCUGUACGUGUGAGGUUUGUGGAAAUAGAUGGAAGUUCUCGUAG